AGUGGUAAUUGGCUGCAGGUGCGGAAGAGACGAGGGAACAACAGAAGAGUCACGUGGAGCGAGAAGGAGAAAAGACGCCAGGGUUAGCAGAGCUGAUUUAGUGCAUGUUCGCGCGCGCGCAUGUGAGCGCAAGUUGGAGUUUGGUGAGCUACGAGGUCAGAGGUCAGAGGAGGCAUGGUUGACCAGAAAGGACUGUGUCUUUUCUUCUGAAGCGGAUUUUGCCUUCGUCUGGUUUGUCUUCUCGGACCAACAGCUGUUUCCCCACGACCGACGUCGAACUGUGGGUUGAACUUAAUGCGUUUGUUGAAGUCACCACAGCUCAUCACCAUGGCUAACACACCUGGAGGAUUCUCUGAGGAAAAGGCUGCAAAUGCAGAAACUCAGACAAUUUGUGAUCAGGUGAAGGACGAAGUCAAGAAGACAACCUCGAAGAGUUAUGAAGACUUCACAGCUGUUAAAUACAGAUACCAGAUUGUGGCUGGAACAAACUUCAUCAUCAAGGUUCAUGUAGGAGGAGACAACUACAUUCAUCUAAGUGUCUUCAGAAGCCUCCAAGGAGAGAUCAUGCUGAAUGGUGUGCAGGAGGACAAGAGGGAGCCCGAUCCCCUCAAACCUUUCUAAUGCGAUCACACAGCCUGAUUCAACCCCUGAGUAUAUACAGGCUGCAGUCUCCUAUCAAAACACCUUUAUCCUGAAAUUAUUCGACACUACAAUGUUUCAUUAUCACAGAUAUAUGAGGAUUUUCAGAGUUGAGAGGAGCAACCUGAAUGCACUUCUUUGUAAAGAAAUGAUUUUAAAAAUGCAUCAAAAUGAAAUGUGUUGUGAUUCAUAGCUGCACUUGUUGCUCUUGUUAUAUGAGAUCUGAUCUCUAAAAUAGGAGCUCAUCAUCGUGGAUAUCUGUCUUGUAGAAAUGAUCAUGACAAAAAAAAAAAAAAA